AUGCCUCCCUACGCAUACAUAAACACGUGCUCGUGCUUCCAUCUCCUCGACGACACGCCCGAGGCUAUAUGCAGACGAUUGCGGCUCGUCUACUUCGUAGCCCUGUUCGGCUCGAUAGCGCUCGCAGGCGGGGUCCUCUACUUUAUAUCUGACAAGCAAAGCCUGCGAGGACAAGUGACCCUUGUAAUCAUGUGCUGCUUCGCGGCUUUCGCUUUCCUAGCAGCCUCCCUAUUCAUAUUCCUCGAAGUCACAGCGUACAAAACGAGCGCAAGGCUGGUCCGUGAAGACGUCGCUGCUAUCAUCGCCGAAGAACGCCAAUACGAGGACUGGGCCAUUGAGAUGCGGGCUCGCGGGAGAGCGUAUAAGGAACGCAAAAGGGCUGAAGAAGCAGCUGCGAUGGAAGAAGCUGUGGCGGCUGCGAGAGCCGCGAGAGCCGUGACUCUAGAUCUUCGUAACACUCGCUACGCGCCCCCGAUGGUCGAAGACGAGGGAAAACUUGAAAACGUUGCUAUUGAGUAG